AUGGCCCCUGAAACAAGCGUGGUUCUGGAUGUUGAAGGUGUGAAAGGGUUCAUCUUAGCAAUGGGUACCAUGGGUCUUCAUGCGCUCCAGGUCAUCUCGAAUGACGAUUCCGUUUCACAAUGGAUUGGCUCCCCACGAGACUCACCUCUCACAAGACGGUUGGCUGAUAUUGGAUCUGUCGAACGUUUGAGGAUUGGAAUCGAUGGAUUUAAAAUUGUGAGCUUCGCGGCUGCUCCAUUGGAAGGAACUACUGCCCAUGAGUUGUCCUUCCGAGACCAAGCUUAUUGGUAUCCCUCCAUUCCACCAAUCCCUCCAUUCCACCAGAUGAUGUCUCUCUCAAUGCCGAGUCCUUCACAGGAAAAGAUUCCCUCAUCAAGCGAUACCAGCCUUUGGUCUGGUCUCGGUUUGGAGGCCCACAAGUAUGACGGAGAAGACAUUCCCGCCCCCUCACUUACCCUUGGUCGCGAGAAAAUCACCGUUGCCGAACCCAGCGAUUCCGAAGAGGCAAUUGACUCCGAAGAAAAUGAUAAACCCAAGAACAUUGAGUUUACUAUUGACGGUCCUGGUGGUGAAAUUAUCCAGGCCAUUGAGGUUGCCAUUGAUAAAUUCUUUGACCAACCGGGAGAUGGUGACGAAGUACCAACCACUUACAUCCGCGCAAAGCUACAUUCUUUCAAGGUAGCAACGAGCUUUGGUAGAUCGUUCAAGUUUACAAAUCAAGGUGGAAAGCCUAUUGAUGAUGCCGAAUUCAAAGUCCUCCCGAUAACCCCAGGGACAACCAUCACGGGACUGUAUGCUCAUCAGAGUAACAAAGGCGCGUUGAUGCGCUUGGGGGUAAUUUCUGAGGUGAUCAAACGGUCCCUAGAAACAGAGGGAGGAGAGCUAGAUGCAUUGACUCAACGGCUGGCGAGGCUUGAAGAGUCAAAGAAUCAUGAGACUACAGACUACCCAGCAAACCACCAUGUUGCCAGUAGCACAUCUACUUCGCCUUCAGCUGGUCUACUGAAUAUCGCCGAAGCAACAAACGAUAAACAGAAACGACCCCUAGUACAUGACUCACAUGAUAUCAAUCCGCAACAGCCUCCAGCGAGCAAGCGAUAUAAGGCUCAAACUAUGGCUCAAGCGAAUGCUCACCAUGUGCAUUCGCCGGGCUCUACCCACCAUGUGAGUGAAGCUCGGGGUUACAUCGAACAUGAGCUUCAAUGCAAUCCGGCUUUGUCAAAGGAUAGGCGAACUGCCCUUGAAUCAGCUCGAAAGUUCGUGGGCCAACUGUCCAAUCCGAUACUGCAUCUAGAGGAAACAGCAGCUAUGGAUGACAUCGACGUGGAGAAUAACCUGGAGCCUCCGCGUCUCACGCCAGAACUGCUUUAUAUGAUGCUUCCUGGCCAUGACAAAAAGACAAACUCCCAAGGGACCGUUUCCUGGCCUGAUCACAUCUCCGACAAGGUUUUGGAGCAAAUGGGGCUUGCCAUUAUUGAAGGAAGUGAAUGUGAACAAGUGCUUCAACACUACCGAAUCAAUGUCUGGGUAAAGGCUAUGGGCUGCAUAUCAAAAUUGGCCCCGUUGAUUCCCAGUGAACCUUUGAAAGUUCAUUUCCGGACGCUAAAGAAACAAUUUGAAGCCGCUGCUACAGAUUUGUUGAACCAAAUUCCUUUGACGGCUGCCCCCAGUCUCUUGUUGCUUCAAUCCCUCAUGUCCGCGGUACGAUUGAUGCAAUAUCUAGGAAACAUGUCACGCUGUUGGAUGUUCACGGCGCUAGCUUCCAGGGUUAUUGUUUCACUGAACUACCACAACAUCACAGAUGUCCAUGCACGGAGUGACAUCGAGGAAAGUAUUCAUGCUUGUGUAUACACUUGCUACUACUUCGACAGGACACUCAGCCUACUACUGCUUCGGCCGCCUUCUCUACCAGACCUCAAGGUGCCACCAACGCAAUUGAUCCACUUAGACCCCGAUCUACCCACAUCUGCUUUGAUAACCGGCAUAGUCGAGUAUGCAGAGUUGAAAAGCUCUCUACUAAACAUCUUGCUUGAUAGCAAAAGCAUAGAAGACACCGAAAAAGCCACCAUGCUGUCGGAUCUAGUGGCGCGGGCACACACAAUACACACCAACAUGCAAAAGGUCCGGCAGCGUCAAGAAAAAGAAUUUCCACAAUCAUGGAAUUACCUUCGACGCGAGUGGCCCUCAAUGGACUUCAACUAUUAUAGCGUUCUGACGACAAUCAUCCAAGCACGCUCCUCGGUGCUUAAAUCCCGACUAGUCUGCGAAAACUGCUUAUACUCUGCAAGAGAAGCACUUACGACUCUUCGUGCGCUACAAAAGGCAUUCUCAGAUCAUCUCAACUGCAUCAAUUCUUAUCCUUAUUUUCUCACCUGGACCAUGCUUUUGUCCCCCCUAGCUCCCUUCUUUGUCUUGUUUUGCAAUGUGAUUGCAACGUCAAACGAGAAGGACUUCGACAUGAUCCAAAAUAUCACAGAUGAUCUUCAUCAGUUCGCCGAAGCAAAUGCGUCUAUUGGCAAGUUAUACAAGCUCUUUUCCAAGUUCUUGGAUCUUUGUGCACCACUGGUGAAAGGCCCGCCUGAACAACCAUCGACUACGCUCACUAGGGUGGAAUCAACCGACAAGCCCACCCAGGAUGUAUCUUUCACGGAUAUCUUUGGUCGGGCUGCGGAUCAAGCUGCGGAAACCCUUAAAGACGCGGAUCCUACAACGGGCGACCCAACAGUUCCCCGGGCUGUAGAAGGAUGGGACGAUAGUCUUGUGUGGGAGUUGUUCAAUAAUCAGCCAUCAUUGGGUUGGGCUGAAUCAGAGUUAUGGGGUGCCAUGACGCACUUUGACGCUACAUAG